CGCUGCCCCACCUUCCUCUUUCUUCCCGCCCCCCGCCUCCCUCCCACCGCGGCGUGAUUCCAGCGCCGACCACCUACACUACACAAAACCCUAGCCAGUCCCCUCCCCUCCAGCCCGUCCCCACCUCGCAUGCUCGCACCCCUCUUCUCCCGAAACCCCAGCCUCCUCUUCCUCCCCGCCGUCGUCCGCAUCGCCCGCGGAGCAAUGUCGGCCUCGCCGGCCGCCAAGGCGACCGUCUCCGUCGAGUACGCCAAGUCCGGCCGCUCCUCCUGCAAGGGCUGCAGCGCCGCCAUCGCCAAGGGCGCGCUCCGCCUCGGCGCCUCCGCCCGCGACCCUCGGGGCUACGACAGCACCAAGUGGUACCACGUCGCCUGCUUCCCCGCCUCCUCGCUCCCGCUUGGCCCCGUCGAGGAGGUCCAGGGGUUCGACUCCAUUAAGGAUGACGAUCGCGAGGAGCUGCGAGAGCUUGAGAAGAAUAAUAAGAGAGACCAGACUGCAGUCAGUCCAUUGGAAGUACCAAGUCCGAAGAAAGCAAAGGUUUCGCCUAAAGCAGAGGUGGCAGAAAAAGGAAGUGUCUCUGUUGAAUAUGCCAAGUCCGCCCGUUCCACCUGCAAGGCCUGCAAUGCAAGCAUCGCCAAGGGCGCUCUUCGCAUUGGCGUCUCAGUCCAUGACCCCCGUGGCUUCGACAGCACCAAGUGGUACCAUGUCGCCUGCUUCCCCACCUCGUCGCAUCCACUAGGCCCUGUUGAGAAGCUCAAGGGGUUCGACUCCAUUAAGGAUGAUGAUCGUGAGGAGUUACGGGAGCUAGAGAAGAAUAAAAAGGGAGACCAGGCUGCAGUUGGUCCAGUGGAACUAUCAAGUCCGAACAAAGGAAAUUCCCAUAUAUCUUUACCUGAAGUAGAGGUGGCUGAAAAGUCGUCUCCAGGGAACAAAACAGUUGGUACAGCGAUACCCUUUUCGCCUUCUGAUAUCAAGAAAACAUACAAGGAUGCUACCCUUCCCACUCAUUGGAAGGCUUUUGAUACCGUUAUUUUCCGUGAGCAGGAUGAUGGCCUUCAUGCUUCAGCUAAGAUUGCUGCUUUUGAUUUCGACGGGUGCCUCGCCAAAACCUCAGUGAAGAUCAUUGGUGCAGACAAGUGGUCUUUACAGCACAAAUCAAUUCCUGACAAGUUGCAAAGCCUGUACAAUGAUGGCUACAAGUUGGUCAUAUUCACCAAUGAGUCAAACAUUGAGCGCUGGAAGAAUAAGCGGCAGCAAGCUGUUUACUCAAAAGUUGGACGCCUUGACAACUUUAUUGAGUGUGUUAAAGUCCCUAUUCAGGUUUUCAUUGCGUGUGGUACAGGGAAAGGAAAAGGCACACCGGAUGAUCUGUUUCGCAAACCAAAUUCAGGAAUGUGGUGGUUGAUGGCAGAGCAUUUCAAUUCUGGAAUUGCCAUCGACAUGGACCAAUCUUUCUAUGUUGGUGAUGCUGCUGGGAGAGAGAAUGAUCAUAGUGACGCUGAUAUAGAAUUUGCUAAGGCCAUCGGUCUGAAGUUUCACGUUCCUGAAGAAUUCUUCGGUCCCUAGGCGUUCACUGUGAGCAGCUAUGUUAGGUGGUGAAUAAGAUGGUUUACUAAUUGCCGUAGGUCGGUGUCUCAUGUUUGGAAUCUAAGAAUGCCGCAGUUAUUCUGACGUUGCAAGAUCGCUGUUUAAACUUGCCGUAGUCCUUUGGUAGUAUCAUGCCUGUUCGGCUAGGAUCGACUUGAAUCAAUGUACUGGGGGCGGGGAACUGUUGGGAUCUGAGUCAAUGCCAUACUGGGACUCGUCGAUCACUGAUUUCUGUCGCCCAGUUGACUCGUAUAAUUGUCACCAGUGUCAAAUGCGGGUUCACGCCCCCCA